CUUACCAAUACCACUCCAGGACGGAGACGGUGAACAGCUAUGGUUGCUGUUCCAGUCUCUUCUCCCGAAAUACGGGCAGCAACUAUACAUCGACGGAUACCGCUCUAUUUUCAUCUGUAUGCGUCGCCUUUCGUCGUUGUCUGGUCUUGCUUCGCCUACGCCUAUCUCAUCAAGUAUGACGAAUGGUUCGGCGCAGAGGAAUGGGCAUUUCUCGCGGGUGCUAUCAUUCUGGCGUGUCAUCUGUUAAGCUUCCUUACGACGCAGUGGAGCACGGGCAUCAAAGCGAGGCUAACAUGCAUGAAUGCUUCCUCUCUCGACGACGCUGACUGUAUUCGAAUAAUUCCGGCAGAGCACAGAGGCAAGGGAAUGAUUAUCCCACUCAAGAAGAAGCCUACCACACCGGCGACGUACACCUUUGUUUAUCAGUCCGACACGUUCAUAUACACGGCCGGCAAACCGUUCACUCAACUGCCUUAUCCUUCUGAUUCAUGUCCGCUGCUCUCAUCGUUCAGAGCAUCCGGCUUGACCUCUCCGUCACUUCCUCCUCUGCGCGAGUCAUACGGUCCUAACACCUUUGACAUUCCGAUUCCGUCCUUCCGCGAACUCUUCGCCGAACAUGCUGUUGCUCCGUUUUUCGUCUUCCAGAUGUUCUGUGUUGGUCUCUGGUGCCUAGACGAGUACUGGUACUACAGCUUGUUCACAGCCUUCAUGCUUGUCGUCUUUGAGUGUACUGUCGUUUUCCAGCGUGUGAAAACGCUGAAAGAAUUUCGCACUAUGUCCAUUGCACCAUUUCCUAUCCUGUGCUACCGGGACAAGAAGUGGCAAACGAUCAAGACAGAUGAACUUGUGCCCGGUGAUGUGGUAUCCAUCACUCGGACGAAGGAGGACACAGCUGUUCCCGCUGAUCUACUGCUACUUCGCGGCACUGCCAUUGUGAACGAGGCCAUGUUGUCGGGAGAGUCAACACCACUGCUGAAAGAGAGCAUCGAGUUGCGGGAGGGGACCGAGAAGCUGGAUAUGAACGGAGCAGAUCGCAACAGUGUUCUCUGGGGUGGGACAAGGGUACUGCAAGCGCGGCCUGGUGAGGGAGCAGCUGAGGAUGGUGGGUGUACCGCCGAAGUUCUGAGGACUGGUUUCGGGACAACCCAAGGCCAACUGAUUCGGACCAUGAUCUUCUCGACUGAACGCGUCUCCGCCAACAACCUGGAAUCCUUCCUGUUCAUCGGCUUCCUUCUAAUCUUCGCCAUCGCUGCCUCGUGGUAUGUUUGGGUACAGGGCAGAGAAAGGGGAAUGUCGACCUACAAGCUCAUGCUUGAUUGUAUUCUUAUUAUCACCAGCGUCGUGCCCCCAGAAUUGCCUAUGGAGCUGUCUCUUGCCGUUAACGCCAGCCUUGUCGCCCUGUCCAAGUACGCUAUCUUUUGUACGGAACCCUUCCGCAUUCCGUUUGCUGGUCGUGUGGAUGUGUGCUGCUUUGAUAAGACUGGUACCAUUACCGCGGAGAACCUGGUUGUUGAGGGCGUGAUCGGCAUUGAUCCAUCCGAUCCCAAGAAACUCGUUUCCGUGAAGGAAGCAGGGCAGGACACAACAUGGUGCCUUGCAUCCGCUCACGCGCUUGUUCUGCUGGACGAGGAUGGUUUGGUAGGAGAUCCAAUGGAGAAGUCUGCAAUCGAGGCAAUGGCAUGGAAAGUGUCCAAGGGCGACACAAUUGCUCCCAUCCAGAAGGAUGCCCCACACAAAGCCACCAUUAACAUUAGGCGCCGGUAUCAAUUUUCCUCUGCUCUGAAGCGGAUGUCAACUGUCUCCUCUGUCUCCCACGGUGGCAAAACGACGACCAUAGCUGCCGUCAAGGGCGCGCCGGAGACGCUCAAGACGAUGUACACGACAAUUCCGGAUAACUACGACGAGACGUACAAAUGGUACACCCGCCGAGGCAGCCGUGUUUUGGCACUUGGCAUCAAGCCGAUGCAUGUCUCUGGUCACGAGGUUCAGCACCUCGCUCGUGACAAGGUCGAGACUGGUCUAACGUUCGCUGGCUUCCUGGUAUUCCAUUGUCCCCUGAAAGAGGACGCUGUUACAUCCCUCAAAAUGCUCGCAGAUUCAUCUCACCGCUGCAUUAUGAUAACUGGGGACAAUCCAUUGACGGCAGUCCAUGUAGCCAAGGAUGUGGAAAUUGUUGAUCGUGAGACCCUCAUUCUCGAUGUCCGAGAAGGCGCCAAGGAUCCCAAAGAUUUGGCUUGGCGUGAUGUGGAUGAGGCCAUCAUGAUCGCCGUUAACCCUGACAAGCCCCUGGACAAGUCCCUUUUCGACAAAUACGAUAUUUGCGUUACCGGUCCUGCUCUCAAGCAGUAUGAAGAUAAGCGUGGAUGGAUAGAUCUGAUUCAGAACACCUAUGUCUAUGCCCGCGUUUCCCCCACACAAAAGGAAGUGAUCUUGACCACUCUCAAAUCCCUCGGUUAUACCACGCUCAUGGCAGGCGAUGGCACGAAUGAUGUCGGAGCGCUGAAGCACGCUCACAUAGGUGUUGCAUUACUAGACGGCACUGCUGACGAUCUCAAGAAAAUUGCGGAGCAUCAACGCAUUGAGCGCAUCAAGAGCGUCUACGAGACUCAGCUAAAGAUGUCGGCUCGCUUCAACCAGCCUCCGCCUCCUGUUCCUCCCGCCAUCGUUCAUCUCUACCCUGAUCUUGUGGCUGCACAACAGAAGGCAUCGAAAGACCUUGCGGAGGCGAGGAAGAAGAACCCUAUGGAAAAGUUUAAUCUUCAGCAAAUGACUGAUAAGCUUGCCGAAAUGGGCGAAGACGAAGAACCUCCGAAGAUCAAGCUCGGGGAUGCUUCGUGCGCUGCACCUUUCACUUCGAAAUUGUCCAACGUCUCUGCUAUCACCAACAUCAUCCGUCAAGGCCGUUGCACCUUAGUGGCUACCAUCCAGAUGUACAAAAUCCUGGCGCUGAAUUGCCUGAUCACCGCGUAUAGUCUCAGUGUACAAUACCUGGACGGAAUUAAGUUCGGCGACUACCAGGUAACGAUCACUGGCAUGAUGAUGUCUGUCUGCUUCUAUUGCAUUUCGCGGGCUAAGCCGGUGGAGAAGCUAUCCCGAGAGCGUCCUCUGGGCAACAUUUUCAACUUCUAUGUCCUCCUGUCUGUCCUCGGCCAGUUUGCGAUCCACAUUGUUGCGCUGGUGUACAUAACGCAACUUUCCAAGUCCCGGGAAACACGCGGCGAGAUCGACUUGGACGCCAAGUUCGAGCCCAAUCUGCUCAAUACGGCGAUCUACCUUCUCGGUCUAUCUCAGCAAGUUUCUACAUUUGUGAUCAACUUCCAAGGCCGGCCCUUCCGAGAGGGUAUUCGUGAGAACUCUGCGCUGUUCUGGGGCUUAGCGGGGGCCAGCGCAGUUGCCUACAGCGGUGCGACUGACUUCAUGCCGGAGAUGAACCGAUGGCUGCAGAUCGUAGUCAUGGAUGAUGACUUCAAAUUCAAGCUGACGAUAUCGAUGCUUGCCGAUUUCGGCGGGUGUUUCCUGAUUGAAGUGGUGACCAAGUAUCUUUUCGCUGAUCUUACGCCAAGACCUUUUGUGACCAAGGGUAUUGAGCGGCGAUUGAAGAGACGAGCGGAGGAAGAGGCGCAGGCUGAGAGCGCUGAGGUAGAAAAAAAGACUGCGUGAUUGUACAAUUAUUGUAUAUCAGCAUAUUAGCGGUAGUCGAACACCCUUUUCGGUAAUUUAUUAUGCAGCAUAGACCCUAGAGGCGGCGGUGUCUUAUACUGCG